AAGUGAAUGAAUUGAGUGAAUGUGUGAUGAAUACAAACAGCGAUUGAAUUGAUUGUAUCGAUUGGUCAUCAAAACAAUGCCUAAAUAUUACUGCGAUUAUUGCGAUACUUUCCUCACUCACGACUCGGUAUGUAUGGCCCUCACUGUCAUUCAUGUGACCACUAAUUGUCUUCACGUGACCACUAAUUGUCUGUGUGUUUGUGUCCAUCCAUUGCAGCCAUCGGUGCGUAAGACCCACUGUAAUGGACGCAAGCAUAAGGAGAACGUGAAUUCAGCCCAUCGAUGGAGACAAAGAGCAGCUGAUCACUCAAAAUGGGACCACUUAUCUAACCAGGCGGCCGCAUUUAAGGCGAGUAAAGCGCUGUCGAGUGCCUUCGCGGGCGUACCGAAGCCCCCGCCCGGAGCUAUACUACCGCCUCCGCCACCACUUCCUCCCGGCGCUCGGUUUCCUGUAGCCGGCGGUCGACUUCCAAUCAUACCCAACGUCCCGCCGCCACCUCUGCCUCCCGGAGCAGGAAUGACAGGAAUGAUGAUACCGCCGCCCCUUAUGCCGGGUAUGAGACCACCCACCGGACCGCCGCCUAACUUCGCACCGCCGCCCUCGUUGGCAGCCAUACAGGCGCUGCAAUCGGCUCAACAGAGACCCCCGGCCACCGCAUAAAUUAAGACAUUUAAUUAAAUUCUCAAAUAAAAUCAUUUAUCAUUUUAUUUAUCAAAAUUUCGUAAUCUUUAUUUGUUAUUAAAUUUGCGACAAUUUUUACAUAAAAUACAAAUAAAAUUGAAAUUUCAGAGAG